CUGUGCUUUCGGCAUGAGAUGCCGGCAUGGCACACCGUCAGAGCUUGGAGAAUAAAUCCACCUCUCCAUGUUGCUAGUGACCUGGGGUAUUAAACUACCCUCAUGUCCCCACAGACGACAAAGUCUUCAUAAUGGUACACAGUCUCAUUAUUAUCUUAUCCACAUGAGAAUAUCCAUUCCUUUCCAAAUACAGUACUGCUUGGGUGUAUACUUGGGAUAACGGAUAUAGCGGGUCCCAAGGACAGUGGUGACGGUUGCAAAUUUUGGGAAUGGACAACAAUACCUCUACAGAAUCGACCCCUCGCCGGAGUACAACAGAGUUUCAUACCAUCGACGGGGGAAAGGGCCUUUCUGAGCAGAAGCCCGUGGAUAUUGAAAAAGGUGCCACGGAGCUCGAGAAAACAAUCGAGCCAUCCAUCCGAAAUGCCCAAGAUCCGAACAUCGUCGAUUGGGAUGGCCCCAACGACCCAGAAAACCCGUUAAAUUGGACUGCAACUCAGAAAUUGACUGCGACGGCCACCAUAUCUCUGAUUACCUUUCUCACACCCUUGGGUUCAUCAAUGUUCGCCCCUGGCGUCGGGCAGGUGAUGACGGAGUUCAACUCCACCAAUCUGGAAAUCUCCUCGUUCGUCGUAUCGGUUUACCUGCUCGGAUACUGCUUCGGGCCCUUGGUUAUUGCACCGAUUUCUGAGAUAUAUGGUCGGGUCGUAGUCUACAAUUGCUGUAAUCUUCUCUACGUGGUGUUUUCGGUUGCCUGUGCGGUUGCGCCCAGUAUGAGCAGUCUCAUUGUCUUCCGAUUCUUCGCAGGUACUGCGGGGAGCUGUCCCUUGACAAUCGGCGCUGGUUCCAUUGCGGAUAUGUUCGCCCAAGAGAAAAGAGGCGCUGCAAUGGCGGCUUGGUCUAUUGGACCUCUUUUAGGACCCAUCGCUGGCCCAGUUGCUGGAGGUUUUCUCACCCAAGCCAAAGGCUGGAGAUGGACAUUCUGGAUUCUAACCAUAGCAGGAGGUGCAAUUGGAAUUGUUUCUUUCUUCUUCAUCCGUGAAUCGUAUGCGCCUACGCUUCUCAAACGCAAGACAAAACGCCUACAGAAAGAAACCGGAAACCCAAACCUUCGGUCAGCCUUGGAUACUGGUCGUACAGCCGGACAACUAUUUCUUUUCUCCAUCGUUCGCCCGACAAAAAUGCUCUUCCUUUCACCGAUCGUAUUCAUCCUUUCCCUCUAUGUUGCGAUUAUCUACGGCUACCUCUACCUGCUGUUCACCACCAUGACUUCCGUUUUCCAGACACAAUAUGGUUUCUCCCAGGGUACAGUCGGCCUGGCAUACCUCGGUAUCGGAGUGGGUUCAGUCCUAGGACUCGCUGCCCUAGGAGCCACAUCAGACCGUUUGCUUCGCUAUCUAUCUGCCAAAAACGGGGUAAAAAAGCCCGAAUAUCGUCUCCCGCCCAUGAUCCCUGGUACCUUCUUCGUCCCACUAGCGCUAUUCAUGUACGGCUGGACUGCUGAGAAAAAGGAUCACUGGAUUGUUCCUAUCAUUGGGACUUCUUUCCUAGGUGUCGGGAUGCUGAUCUCUUUCAUGACCGUCAGCACAUAUCUAGUAGACGCAUACACUAUAUACGCUGCCUCAGCAAUGGCAGCCAACACCGUAUUUCGAUCAUUGGCCGGAGCCUUGCUUCCUUUAUGCGGACAACCAAUGUACGCCACUCUCGGUCUGGGCUGGGGCAAUUCGCUUCUUGGGUUCAUAGCUCUUGGCCUUAGUCCGCUGCCAGUGAUUUUUUAUAUCUAUGGGGAGCGGAUUAGGAAUAGUAAGAUGUUCCGUGUUGAAUUCUAGUUUGAACUCGGCGCAGGAUUUGCAUAUACAAGGAUUACAUACAAAAAGUUGGCUAUUUACAUAUACUAACGACUGCUGAAAAUAAUGAAUAUACUACCCAAAAUUGAAACCGUGAACGAUACGGUGAG